GGAAGGGUGUCCCUUUAAAGUCAACCAACCAAAAAAGGAUGCCUUUUUUGCCAUGGCCACUGGGCAUCUGAGAGAACAAGGUUUCAACCAGCAGUUGGAAGAAGUCAGCCAUGGCAAGAGAGAUUACGGUGCGACAACUGUCUGGGGAGGAAAAGACAUUCAAAGUGACCCCGCACAUCACUGUCCUUGAGUUCAAGAGGCAGCUGCGCGGGUGGCUGGCCUGUGCAGAUGAAUCGCAUCGCAACAUGAGCUCAGUGGAAGUGGUUAUUGGGGACAGGCUCCUGUUGAAUGACAGGGAGACGGUGUCAGAAGCAACUCAAGGUGCAGAAGGUGCGGAAGUUUCGGCUUUCCUGAGCAUAAAGCCGGUGACAUGCUCAAGCUUCCGCACUGCCAUUGUGGAGCGUGAAGAUUUGCGUGUGGUGGAAAUUCCAUCAGGAGUGACAGGGAUCGGGUCUAGUGCCUUCGAAGGUUGCAGCUCAUUGGCAAGAGUGACCAUCCCCAACUCAGUGACUCGCAUUGCGCCUUGCGCCUUCUCCGGUUGCAGCUCAUUGGCAAGUGUGACCAUCCCCGACUCAGUGACUGAGAUUGAGCUUUGUGCCUUCCACGGUUGCAGCUCAUUGGCAAGUGUGACCAUCCCCAACUCAGUGACUCACAUUGCGCCUCGCGCCUUCCAAGGUUGCAGCUCAUUGGCAAGUGUGACCAUCCCCAACUCAGUGACUCACAUUGCGCCUCGCGCCUUCCAAGGUUGCAGCUCAUUGGCAAGCGUGACUAUCCCUGACUCCACAACUCAGAUCGGGAGUGAUGCCUUCCAAGGUUGCAGCUCAUUGGCAAGUGUGACCAUCCCCAACUCAGAGACUCACAUUGCGCCUCGCGCCUUCCAAGGUUGCAUCUCAUUGGCAAACGUGACCAUCCCCGACUCUGCGACUUGGAUUGGACAAAGCGCCUUCGAAGGUUGCAGCUUAUUGGCAAUCAGGAGAGGAGAGAGGAGAACUUCUCCGGGAGCCCCACGCAGCAAAGUUCGGAGAACGACCUAGAUAGUUAGUUUUGAUAGAAUUGAAGCUAAGCCUCGCAGAAGUACCCCAGUAUGGUACAGAAGCAGCUUUGAAGAACCUGCACAAGUGCCUUGCAAGGCUAGUUCGCAGUAGCCCUUUUUAGCAGCCAGCACGUCGCAGAACAUGUUGCCCCAGAACGCAGCAAGGUAGCUCAACGGUAGCUCCCUUUUUUUUUUCCCGCAGCAGAGAGACAUCACAGCUGUCGCCUGAAAUCUGUCACAGUUUCACCAAAGAGGCUCGCAUGUGAGCCAGGUGUC